GCAGCAUCACAGUAUAAAACAGGUAGACGCUUGUUCGAGCACGGGUUUUAGUACGUCAAAAUUUAAUGCCGGUUUCUGGUACGGGUUUUAGACAAAUUAGAAAGGUCAUGUGAUAGAAUAAAAUGGCGGAUGACGUUCAACUUGACAAGAUAAGCAGUCAAGUUGUUGCUGAAGAAAGUGAAAGUUGGUUUAAGUGGGUUCCAACAUCAAUGUCUCAGUUAGUACAGAUAGAAGCACGCAUUUUCAGUAGUUUGAAAAGUGCUUUUGAGAAAAAAUUUGUAACUUUACCUCAAAGUCAACAUAGAAUAUGGACAGUUAUUGCCAACAAAGACAAGCCAAAUGUACCCCUAGUUAUGGUUCAUGGGAUGGGAGGUGGGGUCGGACUCUGGGCUCAAAACAUUGAUGCCCUUGCCCAAAAAAGACCUGUGUAUACUUUUGACUUGUUAGGCUUUGGUAGAAGUUCCAGACCAAAGUUAAGUACAAGUGCAAGACUGGUUGAGAUGGAAUUUGUUGAAUCUAUAGAGGAAUGGAGACAAGAAAUGAAAAUUGAUAAAAUGGCAUUGUUAGGGCAUAGUUUAGGGGCCUACAUUGUAAGUGCAUAUGCUAUAAAAUAUCCAGAAAAGAUUCAACACUUGUUUCUUGUGGACCCCUGGGGAUUUCCAGACAGGCCAAAAGAUAAUGAUCGCAGUAGAAGAAUACCAGUGUGGGUGCGUGCUGUAGCCAAGGUGCUGUCACCUUUCAAUCCUUUAGCUGUAGUUAGAGCAUCAGGACCCUGGGGUCCUGGUUUAAUCAAAAGGUUUCGUCCAGAUCUUCAGGCAAAGUUCUCUCACCUGUUUGAUGAUGACACCAUAUUAGAUUACAUAUACCAUUGUAAUGCACAAGUUCCGAGUGGUGAGACAGCUUUUAAAACACUCUCAUUACCUCUUGGAUGGGCCAAACGACCUAUGAUACAGCGCAUAGCUGAUAUUGACAAGAAUUUACCUAUCACUUUCAUUUACGGUUCCCGUACUUGGAUGGACAGAGAAUGUGGGAACCAAUCAAGAUACUUGCGUACUGAAAGCAGAGUUGAUGUUGAGAUAAUUGUGGGUGCAGGGCAUCAUGUAUAUGCAGACAGAUCUGAAAACUUCAACAAGUUAUUGAACCAAUAUUUAGACACAAUGGAUAAACAUGUGGACAAUGAAAAGCUAGCCAAAGUUGAAUUAAAGAGAGUAGAGACAGAUGUAGACCUUGAGGAAUAUCCCAUAACACAAGUUUGAUAAAGGAUUAAAGCUGCUGCUGUUAAAUAAACUUCUUGUUUAUUUCUGAAGCUUGAAUCAUUU